AUGAUAUUCCCUCCAGCGUUCCUCAUAAGUAUGAUCCACGUGAUGGUUCACUUGCCAAAAAAGGCAUUGCUUGCUAGUCCUGUCAACUAUCGUUGGAUGUAUCCAAUAGAAGCCAAGAAGAACACCCGGGGGCCUUGUCGGCAGUUGAAGACGGCGAAGGUCACUUGGGUGACCAAUAGUCGUAUCAACAUCGGAUACGACGAGAGGCAUCGGGCUGCAGCAACGGCGGAAUUGCAUAGCUCAUUAGCCCACGACAUUGGUCACGUCGUUCGGGCCCAUUGCCCGAUUAAAUGGAAGUCUUGCAAGGUCAUGCCUGACGAGACGAGGAUGGAGACCAACUACAAUUUAGAAGACCUCGACGACGAGUCGUUGACGUACGUCAACAGACUCUUCGGUGAAAGGGACAAGCAGUGGAAGAGCGACUUGCACCACCAUUUUCAGACAUUUGAUGAUCUGCAGGUCGCUCUGCAUGAGGGUUGCCCGCAGGAGCUUGAGGGCCGGGAGGAUAGUUGGGCGUGGCUCUGCCGUCAUUUUCAGGAGGGUGAUUAUUUGAAGAAGGCCCAAGCAAAUAAGGGCAAUAGGAAUAAGAAGACUCUUCUCCACCAUUCAGGUUCCAGGCCCUUCUCAUAUAGGAUGGAUGCACGACGACGGGAGGGGUCUAAAUUCCUGGAGAUCGACGUCUUUGGCGACGUUUAUGUUCGACUUGGGAAUGAGUUGGCUGAGUCCCUUCAUACGACGAUGGUGGAGAAGAGCCAGUUGGUUCUCCAGGAGUCCGCCUCCCAACUUCCUCCCGAUACUCCGCUCGGGUAUGUGGAUCCUCCACAUGAUGCAAGGUUUCAGAUCCUAACUGAGACCUUGGAUCAGACUCUCAGGAGGAGGCCAGGGACAUAUUGUCGAGGGAUGGGGAAUGCCCGCCGGCGGGAACCUAGAGCCCGUUCCUCAUUAUAG